AUGGCAUUUAUUAAGAGUCCAUUACUUAGAAAAGACACAUCUGUUCCUGGCCUUCCAAAUGUUGUUACCAGUGACAAGUCAUCUAUGCCUACAGUCAGUAAAGAUACGAGUGUUCAAGCUGUAUUACCUGCUCCUAUUCCUUCCACUAGCUGUACUUCUGCUCCCAUUAAGAGCUCCAAGAAAUAUCAAGACAAGGUUGAUAAGACUGAAGCGCUUAAACAGGAAAAAGAAAAGAAUAAGGCGUCAAAUAAUGAGCAAAAAUAAGUUCGAUGUCCUUCUUGUGAUGGAACUGAUCACCCUCGCCCUUCCAGCAAGUUGUGUCUUAUGAAUAAGUGAAAAAUGAAACUUCCAAAGUCCAAGGAUACCGUCGAGAAAAUUUUUGUAAUCAAGGCAUCUUUGGCUAAUACCUGUAGAUAUUCCAAGUUUGUUUCCUUGAUUGAAGAAACAGUUGACCACACCACUCAACUAGUAUAUAGUGGUUUCAUUCUUGCUAAUCACUAUUUAUUGAAACUUCUCGAAAAUUGUGAAGAAUUACCUAUGGUUGCUCAAAAUCUGCUUUAUAACAUAUUUUCCAUCUUUGCUUGCCAAGGAAAGCAUGCAUCCGAU